UUCCUCCAUCAAUUUGAGCCGGUUGCUUCAUAUUUUUGGAACUCUGGGUUUGCCAACAGCGUGGGAAUCCAUAUCAGAGCUUUUUACGCUGAUUUUUGAGAUGCUUUAUGAUGAAUCCAAAGUCAACGUCGUGGUUCUACUGUUCAUUUACGAGAUUCAAUCGAAGAUUUCAUUUGGCUCAAGCAGAAUUGAAGGCCUUUCUUCUUGAAUUCUGCGAUUUGAGGAAUUUUGGGAAACAUGUUACUGUACACAGCGAGAAUGAGAUUUUGCCAUAUGCUUGAACCACGUAUUGUUUCUGCCAAACUUUUUGUGGAUGUUUGUCGGUUCUUGAAGGUGCUGCUAUUGAAAUGUCAAUUGAACAAACUCUUUAGUUUUGCUUGUACGGUUGUUGGAGUUUGUGGACCUGCACAAUUGACUUUAGACUGUUUAUGUCAAGCUUGAGUUCCUUGAGUACGUAUACCUGUGAUUGUGAUCCAAAAUGGUGACCACUUGGGAUGGCAUGCUACCACUUGAACUUUGCUUUUUUGCUUUGAUGUUUGAGGGCUGAACGUGGGUGCUGACCCUGGGUAAUUUGAUGCUGGUAUGGGUUUCACAACCUGGGUUUUUGCUGCUUUUUACUCACUCCAUUGCUUGGGCUGCUUAUUUAAUUACAUGGUGGUAUUUUGGCACUGUUUUGGGGCUGUUAUAACCAAUUUGAGAUGCUGGAUUUUGAGGGACUGUGGGAAAUGCUGGGCUGCUGAUUUGAGGGGACUGAGGGUGCAUUUGUGCAGUAGCCGCUGAGUAUAACCUUAGCCUGGUUACCUCAUGGACAUUAUUUUUGAUAGUCAACCCUGAUGGAGCUGUUUUGGGGUGACUGCCCAUGGGGUUUUUUGGGCUGGAAUAUGGAUGGUACCUGUUGGUUUUGGGAAUGGCAGACCUGCGCAAGGACCUGAGCUUCUCACUGUCUUAGUCACUGCCAGGGCUGCUUUUGGAGCUGAUUUGGGAUUAUUUUGGAUGGUUUGGGGAUGAUGCUGGACCUGAAUAUGCUAGACACUGUCUGGUCUUUAACCUGUGAUUGUUUUGGGUGUUCCUUGAUGGUUGUCACUCGGAUUUGGGGCUGGAAUUGGAGCUGAAUCUCUUGGGCAUGAUGGUCUAAUUGGUUAGCUUCUGUAUUUUUUUCCUGCUGCCCCUGGGUUUGCCUCAUUUAUUGAGGUAAUACCAACUGUUUUGGAUUGGUUUUUCACGCGGUUUUGCCUCAUGAUGGAGGUAAUACCAUUUCGAUUUGGGUUGAGUUUUAUGUUGUAUUUGCCUCAAUGGUCCUGCUGGCAGGCUGCCUAAGCUCUUUCUCACCCUUUCGGUUGGGGCUUUUGGAGGAGCCUGGGUUAUCUCGACCAACAAGUGCAUCUUGUGGCUGAAUUGGCUUUUUCUCGGGUUUUGUUUUCGCUGGGAGUUAGUUUUCGCUGGAUCCUGCCUAUCUACGUCUUGCUUCUGAACUCAAACCGAGGGCAAUUGUGGAUGAAGGCUUACGGGACAACCUAGUGAACUUGCACCUAGUCUUUAUGGGGACGCUUGCCAAAUACCUUGGGGGAACUCUGACCAUAGACUAGGGAGGGGUUUGUAUGGCAGAGUGUGUGUCUCUCGGGUCACUUUGGAGGUUAAGCUGUCUGCCUUGACGAGGGUGGACAACUUCUGGCACUCGGGGAUUGGCCCCUUAGCAUGCCGGUGGAAAGCAUCAACCUCGUUGAUGGAUGAUGGUGACUAUGGCUGGGCGAGUCGCGACACUGUUCAUCCCUGGGAUUGACUUCCGAUUCCAUCUCGAAUUUUUGAUGUUUUUGAUAUGAUUCUUGGAGCUCCUGGAUCGUUUUGAGCUAAGGAAUCCAUUUCUGUGCUCAAUUUCUUGAUUUCGUUGCUGGAUUGGGGCAGAAUCAGAGGUCAACUCCUCCGUGUCACUGUUCAUCUGCGACAUUGAAGAGCUCAAUUGACCUUGGCUCAAGCUCUUUUGAUGCCAAUUUUGUGGGGAAUUAUGAGCGACAUGGGGUGCUCUUUCAAGGCCAGAGGUUGGGUUUCCACUCCAAUUGAUGAACCCUUCGAUUUUGAGCAAAACUGGGUUUGCAAUUCACUGUUCACAGCGGAGAUUUCCUGCCCAGGUUUAACCAUCGUCCAAGCUUGUUCUUGCCCCCAUUUUUGGGUAUUGUGGUCGUCUUCCAGGGGCCUUUUAACUGGUUGUGUUGGAUUGUUGAUUCAUCUAACUCGUUUUGGCCUCCUUGAAUUUGCUCUUCGUGGCACUAUUCAUGUUCGUGGUUUCCCUGUAUUGUAUGUUGAGGAUGGUUUGGGUUUUUAGCUCGUGCUUUUCUUUCUCUGCAGUAUAAGGGUAACUUGAAGGUGAAUUUGUUUGCUUGCAAUUGUGGUGUUUGUAUCUUUUGGCAGUGGCAUUACCCGUGUUUUCCCCAUUCUCCUUGCUGUUGUAGUGAAUGCUGCCCAGGUUUGGUGUUUGUGUUCCAACACAGGUUUUACGAGGUGAUGGGGUAUUAUGGGCUAUGUCUUGUACUAUGUAUCAUGUUCAAUGUGUAUGGGAAGGGCUUCCUUUAUGGUAUCUCAUGCAACCUUCCUUGAAACACCAUCUUUAUUGGGAAGCCAUUGUUGAGUCUUUGAACUCCAAUGUUUUAAUACCCUAUAGGGCGACAUCCUGGUGUUAGCUUCAACCAAUCUGUUUGAUGUUUGUUGAAGGUAAGUUCAGAUCUCCUGGGGGUAAACCUAACCUGUUUGUUGAUAUGGACUUGUACACUGCCCAGACCCCUGGGUAUUUGCGCCUGUUCUGCCCUUUGGACUUCACUCAACCCUGUUGUGGAAAGACCAAAGGGCUGUUGAUCAUUGGGCUAUUAUCCAGGGACUCAAUACUGCGUUUUGGAGGGGAAGAACUGCUGAUGGUCCUGCUGCAUUCUUGGACAGAGAUAAGAACAGGGAAUAGCUUCAACACCAUGACAUGGGAAGUGUAUGAUGGUACCUCCCAGGUGUUUGGAUAACUUGAACCUUAGUAAGUUGCUGUUUUGGAUUACUGGCAGAGGUUUCUUCACAGAUUUACUGUCCCCUUCACGCCGCUGCCCAAUACCUUACUCCUGGCUUUCUUAAACUAACUUGGCAUUCUUGUGCUGGAGUUGCUGUUUCUGUGUUUGUGCAAGGUUGGAAGCUGCUGUUUGGUGGGCCAAACGAGAAGGGGUGCUACCUUUCUCCUCGUGGGCUGACUUUGCUGCUUUUAGUGUUGCUUGAACUUUGGAGACAUGGAUAAAGGAACUGGGCAGGGGCAGAUUCUUGUGGCACAAAUGUGGAUGCGGCUUGUGGACUUCCCCACCCGGGUUACCUUGUGACGUUUUGAGGAGGAGGAGGACAUUUGAAUGGCUGUUCCCACCGUCACACCUUUGACCUUGGCUUUCUUUUUGGGCCAAGUAUUUUGCAAGAGCUUUGUGAUCUCAUACCCGGUCUGAUGUGGGAUACUAGUACCAUACGUCACGCCGUCCCUGUACAGCCGAGGCUUCCUCUGGCGUUUGGCAAUGGUGGCUCCUUGGAUUAUGGGUACGAUAUUUCAUAAUUGGGGGUGAACUUGAAGAUCCUAGCUUUGCUAAGGGAUAUGUUGAUGCAGUGGCACGCAUUAACGCUCGUGACCCUUCGGUUUUGGUGUCUUGAUGAUUUGCAAAGCUCUCUUGACCACGGACACUGGAUUGUUCCAAUGAUGAAGGAUUCCAUACCUUCGGAGGAUAAUUUGAGGAAUGACACGUGUUGAUGAGGACAGGCCUUGGUAAAGGAUUCCAUGUGCUCGUUACUCUUGUUUUUGAAUAUCUAGGCGUGUGUGCCUUUGUCUUUGUUGAUUUUUAGGGGUAUGCCCUGAUGCUUUGUAUGUUUACUUUGUGGAUGUACAUUGUAUUUACUCCUGGAUAUUAAUAAUUUACAUUUUAUCCU